AUGUUUAUAUCCGAAUCUUUUUAUAUCAGUUGUCAGUCUGUCCAAAUAAAGAAGAGCAGAUCGUACAAAAAUGCUCAAGCCUUGUGUCGUGAUGACGGAGAGUGUCUUUUUAUUUUGAAUAGUUCUGGCUUGAUCGUUGCCGACGGGAAUCUCCAUCACGUGUGUUUCACAUGGGAUUCAGGAAACGGCAAAACACAAAUAUACAAGGACGGUAAUUUGAGUAAAAUAAUGGUUAAUGUCCGAAUUGGAAAAAAAAUUAAAGGUGGUGGAAUAUGGGUGAUCGGUCAGGACCAGGAUUCUUUGGGAGGUAGUUUCCAAGCCGUUGAUUCCUUCAAGGGUAUCUUGACCGAAGUCAAUAUUUGGGACAGAGUUCUUGGUUUCGAUGAGAUAAAACGUUUCGCAAAGGAUUGUGAUUUGCUGAUGCAAGGAAACUACAAGGCUUACGCCGAUUUUGAUAUCUCCAGGGCUACGAGAUUGAUUAAACCGUCAUCCUGUCAUUUUGCCUCAAUUCCUAAAUCAUGA